AUGUCACUUGCUGAAGCCAAGGCGAGGGCCUGUGUUUCGAGGAACAGGAGGCUGUUGAACGAAUAUUUUCAUGGACAGACGACGGUUACUCUAGCGCAGCUAGGAGAUGCAUUAAGGAGAUGUAAUCGGAUGUCUGAUAGGUUGAAGUUAAGAUUGGUGCUUAUCAUCGAGAGCAUACUCCGGUGUCAUUACAAGAAGCCAUCGAUUGACAUUUUUCAUUUGGAGGUUGUUGAAGAUAUUGAUGCCUUCAACAACUACCCAUGGGGUUGGAGAUGUUUUCUUGAUACAUUACGCGUGUUUAGGAGGGGGUUUUCAAUGCCAAAGGGGGAUAAGCCCGAGCGCAAGUACGAUGCAUAUGGACUGCCGUUGGCGCUGCAGAUAUGGGUGUACGAGACUGUCCCUAUCUUGGCCAGUCGGUAUGCGAGGAGAGGAGAGACACACUAUCCUCGGAUGCAUCACUGGCGAGCACAAGACAAGCCGCUUGCCAGACAGUUAUCGGCUCUCCUCGACGAUCCUGAGCUUGAAGUUCUCACUGAGUUGGCACCGUCGAUCGAGGAGGAGAGUCAGUUUUAUAUUCGCGAAUUGCCUCUUCGUACUGCGCAUGACGAUCAGAUGCCUGAGUCCAGGAUGGAUCGAGAUAGGGUAUGUCACUGUGCAGGAUUUAUUGAAUAUCGCUUCGAUCUUGUAACUAAGUGCCUCACUUGUAAUAUUUAUUUUUUCAGGAGGAUUGUUCAGUAUUACCUCCGUUGAGGAUAUCACCUCCACCGAGGAGAGCACGUCCAGCGAGGAUGUCACCUCCGCUGAGAAGAUCACGUCCAGCUACGCCAGAGGUUCAGAUGCCUGAGUCCAGCGUUGAUCGAGAUAGAGAGGGCCGUCCAGUAUCGCCUCCUGCACCUAGUCCCCGUGCUUCGACGAUUGAUUUGUUCGACCUCCUGAUGGAGAUGAGAGGAGACAUGGCAGAGUUACGGGAGAAUGUCGUGACACUACGAGCUGAG